UUGAUUAAUUCAAGUCUGCUGUUUGUGGCGGGUGUUUAGCUGAGGGAACACGGACCCACUUCUCCAGUGCGCAGCGGCUUGAAACCUGGUUCCAGGAGACCUAGUCCGAGGCUGGCUCUAUAAAGCCCCAAGUCUCCCCCAGCCUGAAACCGGGUCUCCAAGCUACAAGCCACAGAGCGGCUUCGUGUACCUCCAGCUUCAGGGUUGAAAUAAUGAAGUUAUUCUUAACAUGGUGUCAUGAUGAUAAAGGUGUUCCCGUGAUGCAAGACAUCACCUUCUACAGUAAGUACAUUAUGACCAGAGUCUUUGAAAAGCAGGCAGCUUUUCAGAUAACGCCAGCACGUUUUAGAACAAACCUUUCAUUACAAACACUGUAAGGCGUUUGCAAUGUUAAUCCGGGUUUAAUGACUGACGAGAAUCAGCCAGGUGGCUAACUCCAAAUUAAUCGCCAUGGCAACGAAAGAAGCUGAAAUGUGUUUAAAUCUGUCGGUAGAUAACGGGACUCGGUCCCGUAGUGUUUUCGUGUUUCAAACCCAACCAUGGACGGUUUAAAUCGUUACUGUCCGUACCUAGUUUAUUUUAUACCAUUACUGUGGAACGCAGAAUUGCGCGUCAGUGUGCCCGAUAUGGAGGGUGUCGGGUCUUCAGUGGUUUGACGUUACCGUUGGACUAGGGGCAGGUAAGAUAUAAUUUAAAACAAAACAAAACAAACAAAAAAGAAGCAGUCGCACAGUUUCAUAACCGAGUUUAAGAAACGUGUAUAUAUUUGCUCAAAAGAGCCAACUUCCCAACGUUUCGUGUAUAUUGUACACAUUUGUGUUUGUAUUUGUCACUGUGGCUUAGUUAGGAGCUUGGCUUCAGGAGACUGUAGGUUUCCAGCCACUGCACGGCACACCUGGAGAGACGCGGGGUUUGAUACAGUGAAGCCGCCCCAGAUUAGGACUCCCGAUCACCUGAAGCGGGUUACAAACCGCUGUAAAAAAAAAAAAAGGGGGGGGGGGACACUUCGUGUGUUCCCUCAGUUUAAUGUUUUUACAAUAAGUAUCGGUAAAGAAAGAGAUAAUAGGGUUACGUUUUUUAUAAACACUUUUCACAAUGUAUCUUUGGAAUAAAAUUGCGCAAAUGCUUCAUUUUGCCUUGUGCAAAGUUGUGCUACACACACACACACACACACACACACACACACACCGCUUCCUUCCCGUGCUGACCAUGGGCCAGUUUUACACUUUACUAUGCCUCCUGUUUUUGUGUGUGUGUGUUUCAUUAUAAAGAGGAAGUCUGUAGCUCCUAGAUGAUAGCAGUGGUUACCCGGCAGGGUCGAGUCACUUGUGAAGAAGCAAAGCGCUCUUUGAACGGCGCUAUGCUGCGCUGGCUGCUCCUGCUGUUGGCUGUGCAGAGCCUCUUCACCCGGGCACCUGCUGCGGAACAGGUGGAGCCCGAGGUCCUGUAUUUUAACGGACACACCAGCGAGGUGGUUUUAAACGCAACGGGUCACCCGGCUGCUGCGGCGGUGUCCUGGGACUGGGGGUCCCAUGACGGGAGGGUCCGGAACGCCACGCUGCUUGCGGCUGAGUUUUCUGGAGGCGCUGUUCGUUAUUUCAACGACUCGGGUUUCAACGCAGCCUUGGAGUUCGGAGACUGUUGCGCCCUGAAGAUAAAGAGACCCGGGUUCGACAGCGCCGGGUCUUUCACCCUGAGACAAACCGCGCCCGCUUCCAGGAUUCUGGCUCGGUACGAACUGGUUGGCAUGAAAGUUUCUACAUCAUCUGAAAAUUAUAGAAGGACUUUUGAAGAUGUUACACUGCGGUGCUCGGCCUCUAAACUGUUACCGAACACCCUCAGCCUCGCGUGGAAAAGAGACGGAGUCUAUUUAGAGCAGAAGAGCUCAAUACUGCGGUUUGAUAACGCACUGUACUUCAUCAAGAGGCACGACUGCAAACCCACCUCAGCGCUUUACCUCUGCGAGAUGCAAUGCAGCGGGACAGUGCUGCAGAGUCAGUCCGUGCGCCUUUAUCCUAAUUUCCAUAUGAGAGGCAACAUUCAUGGAUUGCGAUCAAAGUUCUACAGAGCAAGUUUGCCGGAAAGUCAAUUUGUGAUACCAAUAGUAAGCCACGGUCACCGGCAUUUCUUUUCAUCCCUAUAUACAAUAUACUGGGAGCCACAAUCAUCACCUUAUGACCCGUCAGCAAUAGCGCACGUAGAUACAGUUGAAUAUGAUUUCAAUACAACAUCCGAGCACUUUGAAAACCGCACAUCCUUCAGCUUGGACCGCUAUGGCUAUGAGACAUCCUGUAUACAGAUUCAGCCGGUACUGUUUGAAGAUGCGGGAGAGUACACGGCCAGAGGAGACCAUGCAAAUUAUUACAGAGCAGAUGAGAUUAAUUACCGGCUAAUAACAAUCCAAGUCUCAGUGACUGUUGAAGGCAGCGGCGUGUCUCUGCACUGCACUGCCUCCAGCCUCCCGGCCCUGACCCGGCUGCUCUGGAUUGACUGGGAGGGCAGGGAGGCUGCGUCGGGGCAGGGGGGAGGCAGCAGGACCCUGACCCUGGAGGUACCUGCAGAUGCACCGCGAGGAGAGUGGACCUGUGCUCUGCUAGAAGGAGGAUUUCCAAAAGCAGUCUACCCUUACCAGCUGGACACCAGCACAUUCGUAGAGCUGUUGGAUGGCUGCUUCACUGACUCUGUGCUGUUCUGGGUGCUGGUGGGAUAUUUGACUGUUAAAACUGCAGCCUGUGUGGGGCUUUGUUUCUGCUUCAAGAAACUUCUCGAUAUCAAGGUGGAGAAGGAAAUGAGAACCAAGAGGCUCCGCGCUGGCACAGCAAGGGAUAACAAUUCCACCACGUUUUCAAUGCAAGUUUCUGGGGAGUGAAGAGCAUUCCUCCCUCCCUCUCCCUCCAUCCCUCUCUCUCCCUCUCCCUCCCUCUGUCCUUCCCUCCCUCUCUCCCUCCCUCUCCCUCUCCCUCCGUCCCUCCCUCUCCCUCCCUGUCCCGCUCAGGCAUUUCAGCUGAUGUGGAAGCAAGGCGCUGUUGAAAUCAGUGGUUUCUGCUCAUUUUCAUUUGAAGGCAGUCCAGCUGGAGGGGGUUCCUCCUCUGUGGUUGCAGUGUUUGUGUUGUGGAGUCCUGCAUUGGGGGUGCUGGUCCCUUUCCUGUUCCUCUGGCUGUUUCACUCGGCUCCAUAAUUGCUCGGUUUCUAUAUGCAGUUUAUGAAUGAAGUAUAGUAUAACACAAUCUGGAAUUUCAUAGUUUGUGCUUGU